CUGUCCGACAGGUUGGUUUUGAGGGCUCCGCUGGGGCAUUGCUGCGUUGGCCUAAAUUUGACUUUAGGCGGGAACCGCGGCCAGUGCGGAGUUCCUCCGAGAGGCGGGAGGUUUAAGGUUGCACCAAGGGAGGGGACUCAGGUCACUGGGGACCUGCUCCAGCUUGGCGUGCAUUGUCAACGAGGCAGAAGUCCGUGGUCCAGGAGCGGCGGAAGACUGAUCCUACAGAAACUGAGUGCAGGUUAGACUGGAGGAGCGCCCCUCGAGAUCACUUAGAAUCCAGUGAGCAGUAGCGCGGCAGGAGGAAGCACAAGAAUCACAGAAUCACAGAUUGGACUUCCUGGAACUCAGGCUAUGGAUAAAUUGGGACAGAUCAUCAGCUUAGGCCAGCUCGUCUAUGAACAGUGUCAAAAGAUAAAAUAUUGCCAGAAACAAUGCCAGCGUCUAGGGAACCGUGUGCUUGGCCUGCUACAGCCUCUCCAGAGGCUCCAGGCCCAAGGAAAGGAGAAUCUGCCCAAUGACGUUACUGCUGCCCUGGGCCGUUUUGAGGAAGUCCUGAAGGAGGCUAACCAGCAGAUAGAAAAGUUCAGCAAGAAGUCCAAUAUUUGGAAGUUUGUGACUGUGGGCAAUGAUAAGAUCCUCUUCCAUGAAGUGAAUGAGAAGCUGAGAGACGUCUGGGAGGAGUUCUUGCUGCUGCUUCAGGUUCAUCAGUGGAAGACCGCUUCAGACGUCAGCCAGCCAGCAUCCUGGCAGCAGGAAGAUCGACAGGAUGCAGUGGAAGACGGAAAUGAAAAUAUGAGAGUUAUCCUGAUGCAGUUGCAAAUUAGCAUGGAAGAAAUCAACAAUACCCUGAAGCAAUGCUCACUAAAACCCACACGGGAGAUCCCACAAGAUCUCCCAAUCAAGGAGAUUCCAAAGGAACAUCUUGGACUUCCGUGGACCAAACUGAAGACAAGUAAAAUGAGCACCAUUUAUAGAGGAGAGUAUCACAGAUCUCCAGUCACCAUCAAAGUGUUCAACAACCCCCAGGCCGAAAGUGUUGGAAGAGUGAGGCUCACUUUCAAUGACGAGAUCAAAACCAUGAAGAAAUUUGAUUCUCCCAACAUCUUGCGAAUAUUUGGGAUUUGCAUCGAUCAAACAGUGAACCCCCCUGAGUUCUCCAUUGUCAUGGAGUACUGUGAACUUGGAACCCUGAGGGAACUGCUAGAUAGAGAAAAGGACCUCGCAAUGAGUGUGCGCAGCCUCCUAGUCCUGAGGGCAGCCAGAGGCUUGUACAGGCUACACUAUUCGGAAACACUCCACAGAAACAUCAGCAGCUCCAGCUUCCUCGUAGCCGGAGGCUACCAAGUAAAGCUUGCAGGAUUUGAGUUAAGCAAAACACAGACUUCCAUCAGCAGGACAGCAUGGAGCACUAAAGCAGAGAGAUCCAGUUCGACGAGAUAUGUCUCCCCUGAGAGAUUGAAAAAUCCAUUUUGCAAAUAUGACAUAAAAGCUGAAAUAUAUAGCUUUGGAAUUGUACUCUGGGAAAUUGCCACUGGAAAGAUCCCGUUUGAAGGCUGUGAUUCUAAGAAGAUCUACGAGCUGGUGGCUGAGGACAAGAAGCAGGAGCCAGUGGGUCUGGAUUGCCCUGAGUUGUUGCAGGCUAUCAUUAAUGAGUGUCGUGCCCACGAGCCCUCCCAACGGCCCUCUGUGGACGGAAUCUUGGAAAGACUGUCUUCAGUUGAAGAAUCCACAGACAAGAAGGUGUAAGAGGACAAACUGGACAUUUGUCCUUCAUAUCUGUUAGCAGCAUCAACUUAUUGUUGGGAGCAAAUAUCUUCUUUCUCCCUUGCUU